AUGUCUUCCUGCCAUGUGAUCGAAGCUGACAGUCUUACUCUGAAAAGAUCGUUUGACGCCGUGCGAGACCCGAAUCUUUAUCAAUACCGCGGCCCAUGCAAGCGAGUUGAUGGCGAAACGGUGUAUCUGAAGUCUUCGCUUACCAGCAGUCACUUUUCGCGUCCUUCCAAGAGAAAAGCAACAACAACCACAUCUCACUCACUCGCUAUGCCGGUCCAGACCAGUGCGCCAGUAUCAGCUGCCUUUCCAUCAUUUAUGUCUGUCUUCGGAGGUGGUAUGGGCAUGUUAGAAGAUGGUGUGAGUGAGGACAUAUUGCGCAAUGAUUCCAGGGAUGGGUCACAAUUAAAUGCCGAGAAACCGUUCCAAACACAUUAUCCAUUACCUACUCCAUAUCAACGUCGCAGAAGUGCGGCAUCUAUCAUCUCGGACUCUACCGAAUCCUCACCCACAACCACAGUAUCAACGUUUGGUUCACCAUCUAUGACAGAACCCUCGCCCAGUUCCUCGCCAGAGUCCCCGACUUCACUUUUACCUCUCUCACCAUUCCAGAAAAUGACCGGCUCCUCAAGCCACGGUGGGAAUGCAAACGAGACAUCACAGUCUUCUAUAUUCUUUGCCUCUCAAUCACGGUCUCAAUCGCCAGCAAGCAAGGAGCGUAAUGUCAAGAAUUUGUCGCUGAACAUGAAUGUCACAGCUGCGCGGCCUGCAACAUCUUCUGCUGCAGAAGGUCUUCAUGCCUUUUCGGCUCCUACAUCUCCACUAAGAGGUCCUUUGAAGACCGGUCGAAGAAGACCCAACAACCUGACCAUUCAAACGCCAGGGUUUGACAAGACAACAUUCUCUGCAUGCGAAAUACCUCCUACACCAAGCCACAGACCUGCUUUGAAACACCAUGAAUCAUCUCCUGCUCUUCCGUCCCUGGUGUCACCCACUACAGCUCCACUGGUGGGGAUGCAACUUCCGCCUAUCUCGAUGAACCGUCUCCUGUCACGUCCAGGCUCAGAGUCUAGUUUUUCAUCUUUGUCAGUGAGCAGUCAAGGUCUACACGAACUGCAAGAAGAAGCGAACGAGACUAACAAACCUCUUAAAUCUCAAGAAGCUCAAGAACGCGGCUACCCGGAUGGGCCUAUCCGUAUUUACGACUCAGGUGUCUAUCUCUAUCUUGAGCCAAGCGCAGAGGAAGCCUCCAAAUAUGACACUGUCAUCAACGUGGCCAAGGAGGUUCCCAAUCCUUUCUUCAUGCCAUCUGCCAAGUACAAGAGUUCUGUAAUGUCCGUGUGGAGGAACUCAGAGCACGUCGACUCGGUAGAGCCUCAGACAGCUGUUUCUGAUGUCUCCUUCAAAUCGGCCCUCGAAUGGCCUCAGGUCACGGGUCAUACAUCACCUACCACUCCGAAAGCGAGAUUGGCUGCACCUGAAUACAUCCAUGUUCCUUGGGACCACAACUCUGAAAUCCUGGACGACCUCUAUUCUCUAUGCAAGAUCAUUGAAAGCCGGGUGUCAACAGGCAAGAGUGUCCUAGUCCAUUGCCAAUUAGGGGUGAGUCGGUCAGCAUCGCUUGUCAUUGCAUAUGGUCUGUACAAGGGCUUUAAGAGUGACUUUCAUUCAAUGUAUACCACUGUCAAGGAACGAAGUCAAUGGGUCGGACCGAACAUGAGUCUCAUCUAUCAGCUGAUGGAUUUCCGCACGAAGGUUGCCAGCGGAGAGUACUCUGCUAGGUCCAAGUCGUUACCUGAAGACUGGUUCUUGAAUGGCAGCACAGAGAAUGAGAUGACACCAAGACCACGUCAUGGACCUUUAGAGACAUCGUCAGGUUCUCCUCUACCGCCGAUCUCCACCGCGCCUGUUGAGUGCUCGGCAAGCAGCCCUCCACCUAUUCCGCCCUUGAAUGAGGCUAGGGCUGCCUUCCGUGAAGACUCACUGCCGACAGCUUUGUCCAAUAUUGCGCUUUCCUCCCCCAGCAAUGAAUCGGCUACAACUUCGUCACCAAUAUCUCCCUCUCUUGAUGCACCGCCGGUACCUCCAAGAUCUGCUAAGCGAAGUACUCCUCGACCAUUGCCGCUGCGAGAGUUGUCCUACCCAUCGAUGAAGCCUUCCGAAAUCCCGCCUCAUACCCGAAGAAAUAUGUCGCAAGGGCGAUUCGCCCAGCAAGCUAUCUCGUAUUCACCUGUCAAAAUGGACUUAAUGGUGCAAGACUUGCCGCCAACUCCAUCAAUCUUUUCACCACGGACAACGGAAUUCAGAACAAUGUCCUUGAAUGGGACGGAUGCUGGAGAUCUGGCAUCCGAGAAGAGUCAGAAAAAGUCGGGUCAUGGCAACAGAAUGAGCGUCUUUUCGCAACCUCAAGCAUCUGUUGCUGUUGAUCCGAGAAGUCCUCAUCAUGGCAACGGAAAGGCUGAGAUCAUGAGGCAUAUUGACGAUGUUGAAGACGUAACGCUAUCCCGCCGCGGUGAUCAGGUCGCUGGCACUUUACAUCUCACACCACAUCAUAUUAUUUUCGUUCACACGUCUGCUGGCGACAAUGGCACAAAACCCGCUCGACCGCGGGAACUGUGGAUUACCUACCCCAUCAUCUCCUUCUGCACCCUUCGACCUACGCCGGCUGCCUCCAGGCAACCAUCUUCGAUCCGGCUGCGCUGCCGAGACUUCACCUUCGUGUGCUUCUAUUUCUCCAGUGAGUCGAAAGCAAGGGAUGUGUACGACAGUAUCAAGGCUUGGACCUGCAAACUGGGCAGGAUUGAGAAGCUCUAUGCUUUCACAUAUCAGCCGCAGCCGCCAGAGAAAGAUAUCAAUUCAUGGGAUUUCUACGAUCCGAUGAAGGAGUGGCGGCGUAUGGGUGUGGGUGAUACAUCGAGGAAGACCAAGUGGAGGAUAUCCAAUAUCAAUCUGGAUUAUUCUUUUUCCCCUACAUAUCCCUCUUUACUCGCUGUCCCGGUCUCUAUAUCAGACAAUACGCUCAACUAUGCCAGCCGUUACCGCUCGCGAGCACGAAUACCGGUCUUGACUUAUCUCCAUCCUGUCAAUGACUGCUCCAUAACACGAAGUUCCCAGCCACUUGUCGGUGUCCGGCAGAACAGAAGCAUACAGGAUGAAAAACUGUUGGCUGCCAUUUUCUCCACCACUCAAAAUGAACGUCCAUUAUCACACAUCUUCCCCUCACCAACCCCGGAGAGGGAGACUUCCGCAUCUUCAAAGGAAGAGCCUUCUUCCUCGAAAGACAGCGAUAUCAACUUGACCUCGUCCGAAGCUAUAGAAGACGAAAUCAUUGCUCGACUUCGUGGUGAUAACGAUGCUAAACCCGACUGUGAGAAGGACGAACCAUCCAAACCUGUUGUUUAUGGCGCACAGCAGCGAAAUAUGAUCGUGGAUGCUCGACCCACAGUAAACGCUUAUGCCAUGCAAGCCGUGGGUCUGGGCUCUGAGAACAUGGACAACUACAAGUUUGCUACAAAAGCCUAUUUGGGAAUUGACAAUAUCCACGUGAUGCGUGACUCCUUGGACAAAGUCGUGGCAGCACUUAAAGAUAGUGAUAUUGCGCCUUUGGGUCCUAACAGAGAGUUACUGGCAAAGAGUGGAUGGCUGAAGCAUAUCAGUAACAUGCUUGAUGGAGCGAGCUUGAUCGCGCGGCAAGUCGGUGUGCAACACAGUCAUGUGCUUAUCCAUUGCAGUGAUGGAUGGGAUCGAACAAGCCAACUAAGCGCUUUGAGUCAACUAUGCCUGGACCCAUAUUAUAGAACCAUCGCAGGCUUCAUCGCGUUGAUCGAGAAAGACUGGUUAUCCUUCGGUCAUAUGUUUCGACAUCGCUCCGGCUUCCUCAGUUCGGAAAAAUGGUUUCACGUCGAAAACGAGAGGAUAGGCGGAAGAGAUGCUGCUACCAGCCACGACAGUGGGGCUGGCAAGGUUGAAACCAUGUCUGGCGCUCAAAAGACUUUUGAGUCCGCCCUUCGUGGAGCGAAAGGCUUUUUCAAUCGGGGCGACAAUGCUAACGCCUCCCGCGAAUCGCUUGCUGCCUUUGAUUCCGACAGCGAUCAAGCCUUGCAAUCAUACGAGUCAGAUUCUCCAUCUUCGUCCCGCCGUCAGCAACCAUCCUCCCCAGCUCCAGCGAGCCAAGUCGCGAAGAAGAAACCCGAACCUGAAACCACAAAAGUCAAGGAGACGUCUCCAAUUUUCCAUCAGUUCCUUGACGCUGUGUACCAACUCCAAUUCCAAUAUCCCACACGCUUCGAAUUUACAGAGCGCUUCCUUCGCAGGCUCCUCUACCAUCUCUAUUCGUGUCAGUACGGUACUUUUCUUUACGACAACGAGAAAGCCAGGAAAGAUGCGGACGUGAUGGGUAGGACGAGAAGCGUUUGGGAUUACUUCCUCUCCAGACGAGAUAGCUUCUUGAACCCAAAAUACGAUCCGGUAGUGGAUGAUAAUGUGCGAGGGAAGGAACGUCUCAUCUUCCCCAGAGUGGAGGAGGUGAGAUGGUGGGCUGAGAUCUUCGGACGUAGUGACGAAGAAAUGAAUUUUGGAAUUGGCGGCGCCAAGGCAAGAGAGGGGAGGCCGUUAAGAGGAUACACCAAGCCAGGUGGAGCAGCUGCGGAUGGCGGAACAGCUCCCAACGCGGCUGUUGUGGACGACUCGUCUUCUUCGUUUGUCGGGGACUCGAACCCUCAGAGUGAGGCGAGGACGCCUGUUCUCACCGGCGUAGAGACGGCGGAGGAGAGCGUAGGACCCGCUGCAGCGGCGAAAGAGGAGGGUCCGCAGUCAGCGGAGAGCACAGCUGAAUUAAUGCACCAAUUGAGCAGUGGCUCUACUCAACCUGGCAAUGCAGAAGUAGCAGAAGACUUUGCCGCGAGGGGCACCACCGAGCUGGCGGACGACAUGAAAGGUAUGGGCAUUGCGUCGAACAAGAUUGCUGAAGUAUAUCAAAGCCCGCCGCUUCCACCAUCACCUUCGAUUACCAGUGCUACAGACAAUAUCGACGGGAAGUGUGCUGGUACAGACCCUGCCUCCGUUCCUCUUCCCGCCGCCGUCCCUUCUACAAACGAUGACCAAAACACCCAGGAACCAGUCGCAGACCUCGAUACGGAUCCCCUCGGCGUUGGCAGCUUGACCAAUGGCACCACAUCUUCCGCAGCGGCCAUGGCUGCAGCAGAAAGGAAAACCCGGGCGGCUUUGAGGAGGCAGGUGGAGAGGGAGAUACAAUGA